UCUGGGUGCUGUGCGUUAUUCGUCUUGCUAUAGCAAGUCUCUUCUUGUCUUUCACUCUUGACAUGGGAAUACAGGCAGACCACUAACACGCAACACAGAUGACAAUAUCCUUUUGGAGCCAGGAAAAACCCCUUGAUGGCUCUCACACAACUACUGGACCAAACUAUGAAGACAGAGAGGAUCAAUAAGGAAACAGGAGAGUUGAGUGCUUCAGGGGAAUUAUCUGUGUCGGUGGAGGAGAAGGUGGAGGGCUCUUCUGGAAACCAUCAGCUCCUACAAGCACUCAAAGAUCAGCUGCAGGAGCUGGGAAUUUACACGUACUCAAGCCAUGACCACAAAACCGCCCUUCGUUUGGAGCAACUAGAGCAGCACCUGCCUAAAGUCCUCCAUCUCUACACACAGGUUUGUGAGGAUGGUGCCAGAUUUGAUAGUGCAGAUAUAAAGGGCCUUGCAGCUCUCACUGCUGACUCUGUCAUCCGUAAUAUCCACAGCAGACUAGUAGGACGGCCUGCAGAGCAGGCCCGUGAAGAGGUGGUGCACUUCCUCAAGAGAGCAAAUAAAGAUGCAAGUUGUGGAGCAGAGACAUGUUCUGGAUGGCAGCUGUUGCAGUCCCUUCUAUUACUCACAACAGACUCUGCAGAGAUAUUGUCUUAUAUAAACCCAGAGCUGCCUGCUGCUCUGAUGAAGUGUCUUUACCUGCUGGUGUGUCUUCCUGCACAAAAGAAGAACUCAGCCAUAGAGCAAACCUUUCAGGAGCCUCUGAGACAGAUUUUUCUUCAACUCUGCAAGCACCCACCGAACGUGGAACAGCUGGUUGAGACUCAGGAGCUGCAGUGUCUCAUCAUUGGACUCACAUCCUUAUGGGAUCAGACCAGUCCACAGUGGAGGCACCAGGCGUCAUGCGUUCUCAAAGCCGUCUCUUCUGUGCCUACAAACAAAACUGUUCCAAGUUUAUUACGCAAAAACUGUGUACGAAUCUGUAUCCAGAACUUGCUGCACAUGAAAGCCAAAGUCUCAGGAUCACUGCUAGCUGAGGUGGCCGUGGCUGUGUUUAGCUUCGUAAGAGACACAUAUGACCUGAAUCCAGCCCUCUUUACUGAGUUUGACACCAACAAUGGCUACAAGGCCCUGAAAAACAUCCUGAAAGGCUGUGAAGAUGGUGUGCCAUUGGAUCAGUUUCAGCCUGUAAAGGAAUUGCUGGCUCUGAUCGCAGAUUUCACUCUGCUUGGAAAAGCAGAGCUGAAAGUAGCUCUUUGUGUGACCAAUCCCCAGCCUGCAGCCUUCAGAUUUGACCCGCCACUAACUAAAGGUCUGGCAGUAAAGAACCUUCCUGCCUUCCACCUGCUGCAGGCCUCUUUGCUGCGUUCCCAGGAUUCUCUUUUCUGCUGUCAGCUCCUUCAAACUCUGCAGGCAAUCUGGGAAAAGGACCCGGCUAAUUUCUUCCUCUUAGAGUGGACUGUCCAGUCGAUGGCCCAACUAGCUGCCCGUGUGUACUGUAAACCGCUGCCUGUCCAGAAAAUCUUCUUUUCAUUGCUGGAAAUGGUGAUAUUUAAAAUGAACUACAUACCCCAUGAGACACUGCGAGUCCUGCUGGGUGUACUGAAGCAGAACUGGGCUGGGUCCAGUGGAGCGGCAGGGACAGAAUUUAGUGUGGUGGCGCUCCAGUGUUUUCACAAUAUGAUUGUGCACAGUACAAUGCUAACGGAGGUGCUAAGUGACGGGAGAAUCCUCGAACUGCUGCUCGGAGAACUUCGCAGGAGGGCUAAGAUCCUGAGGAAGGCUGGUGUUGUGUCUCACACCAUAGAAAAUCCUUUGCAGCUGCAAUGUGUGGAGAAAAAUGUGAGACAACUGACUACCUGCAUGCUUCAAGUUGUUUCAAUCCUUACUUUGCGAUCUAUCAAAAAUACGGUUGCAGUACGAGAUCUUGGCAUGGUGCCCUACAUAAAGAUUUUCUUGGAUGAUGAUCAGUAUCGGGGUCCGACUCUCAGCAUUUUGGAGCAGCUCGCUGAAAUCAACCCCGAUGAAUACAUGAGCACAGCAGUUGGAGCUCUCUGCUCCUCCACGCUGCAGGAGUUCAAGUUGAAGCUGGACCUCUUGCAGUCUGUGCUGAGAGUGUUGGAGAGCCCCAGCACCUGGGACGCCUUUAGGAAGGCAGGAGGCUUCACUGGACUGCUGUCUCUGAUGGUGGACAUGGAAGGAGCUCUGUCUGACCCUCCGAAGGGAGAAGUGUGGAGGACUCUGGGGCAUCAGCAGCUGCUGGAGCUCCUCCUCCUCACGCUGCACAUCCUGGCCCUGGCUGUGCAUCUUCACAUUGUAAAUGCACACCAUUUUCAAACUGGGGGCUUUUAUGAAAGGCUCUCAGAUGCCCUUCUCCAACUGGGCUGUUUCCACGUCGAAGGCCAAAAGUGGGAUGGAGAGAAAUGCUCCUGUCCCAACACCUCAGAUGAAAACCAGUCUCCAGGGGAGAGUUUUUUCCAGUUUGUUGAGUUAGCAGAAGCCUUGGCAACUCCCAGCAGUAGCUCCAGUUCACCACAGCAGAAUCUGCCCAUCACUCUUCAGACGUGCAUACGGCUGCUGUCGUACCUUGAUCACUUUGCCACAGGGACUUACUCUCCUCAGGCUUUAAAACUGGGGCAAGAGCCUGAUGGUGAAAGUGAUGAAAAUAACAAGACAAUACAUGGACCAGGAGGAUGUGCAGAAGUUGAUUUUGGGUCUUCGUCUGUCCUCUUAGGAUCAGGUCCACGGUCCACGGAGGAGAAACCACCAAAUUCCAAAAACACAGCACCCAGCAGUCCCACAGUUAGCUCAAUGGCUCAGUUUAGUAGGCUGACAUGUGACCAGGUUAUUCUUCAUCCAGGGGCAGUCCGAGUGAUCAUGACUCUCCUCCCACAUGUGUUUGCUCCAGAAGAUCCACAGCUCUCUAUGGAGGUCCAGUUCUCACUGGCUCACCACAUCCUGGCCAUGGUCAAAUCAGAGCGAAACCGACAGAUAAUGUGCAAGGGGGGACUGGUGUCCACUCUCCUGACGCAAUGCCGCAGCAUGCUGCUGUCUCCAAACCACCACCUGCAUCAACCUGUGAUGCGCAUUUUCGAGAAGCUCUCCUCCCAGGCCAUCUCACAUUCUGAGUUCAGAAAGUUCCUGUGUUUAGGAGAUCCUCUAAUGUGCUUGAUGGACCGAACGUCAAAGGAGGGUCAGUUAGGAGGUAACCCAACACUUCAGACAUCGUGUUCGAAAGAUCAGAACACAACGGUGGAUGCUCAAUCUUCACAGAAGACACUGAAACGGACCUUCAGCUUAUUGCAGUCUACAUCUCUAUUCGGUUCUGCCAUCCCUGUCCACCAGAUCGUCAGUCUGGUGUCCAUGACAGCAUCGCGCACCUUCAGACCACACCGAGUGUCUUCCUCACCUGCCUUUGUGGAGUUUGAUAUGAGUGAGAGUGGAUAUGGGUGUCUUUUCCUGCCUUCUUUAGCCACGGUGAAAGGCGUGACUGCUGAUUGCAUCUCAACUGGUGGAAUUGGAGGAGAAUGCAGAGGCUUUCCACCAACAGCCGGCCUGUCAUUUACCUGCUGGUUCCAGAUUAACAGGUUCAGCUCAGCUUGUGAUUCCCACCCGAUCCGUCUCCUGUCAGUUGUGCGCCACAUGUCCCGAACUGAACAACAGUACAUCUGUUUGUCAAUCUCCUUCUCAGCCUAUGAUGGCUGUCUAGUCAUCUCCACAGAGGAGGAAGCAUUCACAUACCUAGAUAUGAUGGAGCCAGAGGUUUGCUCUCCAACCUCUUUGCACUCGUCACUGAGGUUCCGCUGCUCCAGCAUGUUGGUCCCUGGCCAGUGGCACCACUUGGCUGUUGUCAUGGCCAAAGAUGUCAAGAAAAGCUGCAUGACUUCAGCCUACUUCAAUGGAAAGGCAGUGGGAACAGGAAAGAUGAAGUAUAUUCAGCCAUUCCCGGGUCAGUUUGUCUCCAUGGACCCCACGGCUGUGAUUGAUGUGUAUGGACUGAUAGGGACCCCAGCGCUGUGGAAAGAUCAUGCAGCUUUAGUGUGGCGUGUGGGUCCCUGUCAUCUGUUUGAAGAGGCGUUGAGCUCAGAGGCUGUGGCUGUUGUGUACACACAAGGCACCGGAUACCUAGGAAACGUCCAGGCUCUGCGCAACACGAGCCCGGAUCCGAAUGCCGAGACUUUCCCGCUCAGGCUGGUUCCUGAGGAGAGGAUCUCUUUUGGCAUCAACCCUGCAAUUUCUACGUUAACGACUGUGGUGCAGAUCAGAGAGGAUUACAAUGAGGUGGACUGCAGACUGAUUGCUAAAGAGAUGGGCAUAACAUCUCGAGAUCAAUCCACACCUGUUUUUCUCCUUCAAAACGUUAGCAAGCACCUGAGUGGUACAGCUCGCACCAUAGGUGCCGCCUUGAUUGGACAUUUUGGUGUCCGAACAUUCAUCCCGAGCUCUGCUUCCAGGGGUUUUCUGUAUGUUGGUGGGCCUGCUGUUAUUCUCAGCCUUGUUGCGAUGGCGCCAGACGACAGCUGCUUGUAUGCGGCUAUUAAAGUUCUUCUUUCUGUGCUGGAAACCAGCUCUGCAAUGCAGAAUGAAAUGAACCGCAUCAAUGGAUACAAGCUGUUAGCCUUCUUACUGAAGAUGAAGAGCAGUUUUGUUGGCCAUCGGACCUUUCAGCUGGUUAUGUGUCUUUCAAGUUCAGUAGAGAUGAGUUGUGGAACUGGUGUCCUACAAAACACACCUGCUUUCCAGGCCCUGCUGUGUGAUCUAGAGGUGUGGCAAAAUACGCCAGACAGUCUGGACCUCUCAGUCCUCAACUACUUUGCUGAAAUCCUGAAAUCCUCAAGCAGUGACAGCAGGAAUGCAGCGGUCAUACACAGCGCAGGCCUGCUGCCAAAGCUGCUGUUUGAGUUGUGUGUUCCUGCUGUGACCGUUCAAAGGGUUCACAUUAUUUCUGGCAUCCUCACUUCACUGCUGAAGGCUCACCUGACUUCUUCGGACAUAAGCAGACUUGGGCUUUUCCUGGUAUACACACUCCCACUUUCCAGAGAAAUAGCUGAAGGCAGUGAGAUUUUGGAUGAUGCUCUUUCCAAAGAAAUGUCAGCUCAGAGUUCAGGACCAGCUAAUAUCAUCUGCAUCCGCAACAAGAUGCUGCUUGUACUUUGUGAAAUCCUCAAUUCAGACAGCCUUCAAAAGAAUCACCAGACGACAGUAUUUCAGUCUCUUGGGGGUGAUUGGUUCCUGCUCUUUCUUCAGGCGAACCUCCACCCUUCCACUUUGAAACUGGGCCUCGUCCUGCUCACACAGUUUCUGUCCGAUCCAGGCCAGCAGAGAGCCUUCAGAGAGGGGGUGAUCCCAGGAACGCUCAUAGAGGGCAUAGAGGAACCAUUUGUUAUCAUGGACAACCUUCGAGCUCAACCUUGGUCUCAGGAGUGCCUCAGCACCACAUGUCCAGGUUUUGAUGUUCUCCAGGAACUGUUAGUCAGACACACUCACCUGCCACAGGUAUAUGCAUCUCUAUCUGCUCUUUUGCUUGGGAGGAACACAAAUCACACUACAGAGGGAGAGGUCAAUUUGGAUGAUGCCCUGCAGUCAUUAAUUGAGAGCCAAAAUGAAGCUCCAGCUCAGCAGCUUUGUCUUGAAGCUGCUACAACAUUCCUGGAGCUGGUUAAAGUUAUCAUCUCUCAGCCUUUUUCUGCAGAUAAAUGUGACAGUGAUGCACCAUGGGAGGUGCAGCUCCCAGCAAGUGUGAUGCAGUUCCUUUGUCUCCUCCACAACUUGCGGCCAAGAGACUCUCUGUGGGCGUCACCCAAGUUCCUGCGUUCACUUGCCAGCGUUGUUUAUCCUGUGGAGAGUCCUGAGGUCAAGCCUUGCAAAAUGAGUGAGAGAGAGGACACAUUCAGCACUCAUCCAACCAGGAAGCCGGUGCUCGAUUUCAUGCGUAUUCUGCUGAUGGACAGUCUUCUAAAUGUGUCUGCAGGCUCCAAUAUGCACCCUGUAGUUCUUGUGCUGGAGUUUUUUCCUGAUGGCACGUCGCAGAAGCAAAGGCAGAGUUUUCAGUUUGAGUUGGUGGAGCUGAUCAUGAACAUCAUCCAUGUUCUCAGCGCUGAGGAUGACAACAUCACCCAUCUCACCUCAAAAGACUGCAAUAACCAGAGGCCUGAGGGAGAGAUGGGGACUCUGAUGGAGAAUGUGGUGCUCUUCAGUAGGACUGUGCUGCAGAAGCUUCACAAUGGAACAUUUACUGGAGAUCCUGAAACUUUACUCGACUUCCUGGCAGACCAGAUCAUGGUGACUGUGGGGAAAGCUGAUACUCAAAGGGAGAAGACAGUUUCUGCUCUCUACUCGUGCACCAAUAAAGUCCUGCUUUACUUCUUGUCCCAACCACGCCGUUCCCAAGAAGAGAAGGAAGUUGUCACCAGGGCAUUGCAGACCUUAAUGGAACGCUGGGAUGUUUUCAUGGCAACCUACAACGCUAGUGUGAACUUCAUCACCUGCCUUCUUCACUGUCUGUUACUGAUUCGCUCUGGCAGCUACCAAGAAGGUUUUGGAUGUGUGGCACAAAAGGGCCGCAACAAAAUAUCGAGCCCUUUACCUCGCAGAAGUAAACUCCCUUCCAACCUCAGUAAUGGAGCAGACAUCAUGACAGAUGACAAGCAACUUGUGUCCCUAGCAGAGGCCUGCUGGUCAAAGGUAAUAUCAGAAAGGCAGCACAUGCUUGAAGAGAGCUACAAGGUGGAGAUCUCAGCGAGCAGUACGACGGAGACAAAGCCGGUGAGCAUGACCGAAAUCAGCCCCCUGUGGGAGGAGAUGGCACACAAAGCCUGGCAACUAUAUACAGAAUCUCAAAAGGAGAAAGCAACUAGCGGAUCUCAGAGGACACUUGAUGCCAUCAGUAAUGCUCUUCGCUCUGCUUUAGGCAAAGGUCAAGAGUCAAUAAAAGCAGAGGAGUUUCUGUCCUAUAUGGAGUCACAUUGUCAACGAGGCCACAGCAUGUUUGAGAACAUGAGGACAAACCACUUACAGUUGCAAACCACCAAGUGGGAGAGUAUGAGUUCUCAGUGGCUGAGUGUGGAGGCCGAGCUGCUGAGGGAGAGAGCUGUAUUCGGCCCAGCACCUGGGGUGCUGUUGAGCCAAGACUGGGUGCAAGAAUCUGCUGAAGGACCCAACCGGACCAAGCUACGCAUACGCAGAAAAGCCAUGAGACAAUCCAAACGGCUGCUGGGAACACUGGGUCUCGGGUUAAGAUUUGAAGAGACCAACAACAGAUCAAAUGAUGAUGCAGAGCCAAAGAUUCUGUGUGACAUUGAACCAGAGGUUAAAGAGGACGAAGCAGAGGGAGAACAGAGCUGUGACCGUCUGACGUUUUUCCCAGCUUUGAAUGAGACACUGUCUCUCACCGAGGAUUUAGGUGACCCUUUCACCCCUGAACCCUGCUCACACACACAAGACUGCCCCGACAUACGUAUCGUCCUCCAAGAACUGCAACCUGGAGAGAAGAUAAAGGCAAAGAUGUGCGUGGUGAUGGUGAGUGGCCUUAGGGUGACAGAAGGUUUGCUGCUGUUUGGAAAGGAGAGCCUGUUCUUGUGUGAGGGCUUCACUGUAAAUGCCACUGGAGAUGUUUGCUGCAGGAGACACCACCCCAGCAGUGUGAAGGAUUCCUUUAUUUCCACCACGCUGAGCAAAGAGCUGCCCUCAGCCACGUGCAGAUGCUGGCUUUACGAGGAUAUCAAAGAGGCCCGCUUCAUGCGGUUCCUUUUAGAGGACAAUGCCAUUGAAAUAUUCAUGAGAAAUGGACACUCUGCUUUCCUUGUAUUCCUGAAUAAAGACCAUGUCUCUGCAUAUAAAAGACUAAGCACAGUGGUGCCGGCAUUAAAAGGCAGAGCAGUUGCUGAGGUCAUCGCUAAUGCAAAAAAGACUCCUGUGGUUGAGAAGACAGCCCUUAUUAAAUGGCAGAAAGGUGAGAUGAGCAACUUUGAGUAUUUGAUGCACCUGAACACUAUUGCUGGGAGGACAUACAAUGAUUUGAUGCAGUAUCCAGUUUUCCCCUGGAUCCUGGCUGACUAUCAGUCAGAGGCAUUGGAUCUGUCAAAUCCCACAAGUUUCCGUGACUUGUCUAAACCAAUGGGAGCUCAGACAGAGAAAAGGAAACAGAUGUUUAUGCAGAGAUAUGAAGAGAUGGAAAACACUGAGACUGAAGGAGCGGAUAUGUCAGCACGUUGCCACUACUGUACCCACUACUCGUCUGCCAUCAUUGUGGCUUCCUUCCUUGUAAGAAUGGAGCCUUUUUCACACACUUUCCAGGCACUUCAGGGAGGGUUUGAUAUCCCCGAGCGGAUGUUCCACAGUAUAGGUAAAGAGUGGGAGUCUGCAUCCAGAGACAACAUGGGAGACGUCAGAGAACUGAUUCCAGAGUUUUUCUACCUGCCAGACUUUCUGCUCAACUCCAACCACAUCCAGCUCGGUUGUAUGGAAGACGGUACUGCUCUGGGAGAUGUGGAACUGCCUCUGUGGGCGAAAGGUGACCCCCAGGAGUUCAUUAGGAUCCAUCGAGAGGCCCUGGAAAGUGACUACGUAAGCUCCUGCCUCCACCUGUGGAUCGACUUGAUCUUUGGAUACAGACAACAAGGUUCAGCCGCUGUGGAAAGUGUGAAUACUUUCCACCCUUAUUUCUAUGCCCAGAGAGGCCGACAAAAUGCAAAAGACCCCAUGAUCAAGAGCACAAUCUUAGGAUACAUCAGCAACUUUGGCCAGAUUCCCAGACAGCUUUUCACCAAGCCUCAUCCUCCUCGCAGUGGGUCUAAGAAAGAUGCGUCUUCGCCCUCUCUUCCGACUCCAUUUUUUUUCAAACUGGAUGCACUAAAGACAUCUGCACAACCGUUCAGAGAACUACCAAGGGGUCCGGUAGGUCAGAUAUUAUGUCUUGAAAAAGAAGUCUUGAUCGUGGAGAAAAACCGGUUACUCGUGGCGCCUCCAUCUGGCUGCUUCUUCAGCUGGGGAUUCCCAGACAAUAGCUGCGCCUUUGGAAACUGUACAACAGAGAAGCACUUUGCAGUGAGUGAGAGUUUGUGUGACUGGGGUGAGACGCUGUGCGCCGCCUGCCCCAACAUGACGACCAUCAUCACUGCAGGAAGCAGCACUGUUGUCUGUGUAUGGGAAGUGGCUGUCAGCAAGGACAAACUCACUCACAUUAAACUCAGACAGCCCUUAUAUGGUCACACAGAUGCAGUGACGUGCCUGGCUGUGUCUGAGGGCCACAGCUUGAUAGUGAGCGGCUCCCGUGACCUCACGUGCAUCUUGUGGGAUUUGGAGGAGCUAAGUUAUGUCACCCAGUUAGCAGGACACACAAGUAGCAUCUCUGCACUGGCUAUCAAUGACCUCACUGGUGAGAUUGCGUCCUGUGCGGGACCUCUGCUAUACCUGUGGACCAUGAAGGGCCAGCUGCUGGCUUGCACUGGAACUUCCUCCGGGCCUCAGGCAGACAUCCUGUGUGUCAGCUUCACACAGCGACAUGAGUGGGAUUCCAGGAAUGUUAUUGUCACAGGCUGUGCAGAUGGCAUUAUUCGGAUAUGGAGGACAGAGUACACCAGAACACAAUUACCUGGCCCUCCAGAAGAGCCCGUGUCCCCAAGGCAGGACCAGAUAGAGAGAGAUGGGAGUGCCUCGGGCCAGGGGAAAACCUGGAGGAGAUGUCUGAUGUUAUGUCAGGAGCUGAGCAGUGGUCAGAGCGUGUCCCAACGGCGCUCCAACGAUAGCCCCGCUAUCACUGCUCUGGCCAUGUCCAGGACUCACGCGACCCUGCUGGCUGGAGAUGCUUGGGGCAGGGUCUUCACCUGGGUCUGCGAAUGAACGAUGGCUGCAGCCGAUAUUUCUGUGUAUAUAGAUGCUCCACGAUCAAAUAGACGGAGAGAAAAACUCAUCAACCAUCUCAGGUGUGACACUGACUGAACAGCAGGAGCUGCUUCACAUCAGCUGUCUUGUAGAUAUGGUCGUUACAAUUGAAUCAAGUUACACAUAAAACACAAUAGUUCCCACUUGUAUUUAAUUAUGUAUUUUUCUGUGUAAGUAAUGAAUCUCAAUGAAUAUGAAUAAAAUUAUGAGCGGACAUUC